UGAGCAAAACCAUUGAUAACAUUUAGUAAAGCGAAACGUACAAUAGGAUUAAAAGUGCAAGAUGAAAAAUCUUUCCAUACUUAUAUUUACUUUGUUCUUGGUUCAUAGAUCUGCAGGUUUGCAAUGCUACACCUGCAGCACUACGGAGGACGAAUCUGACACUACCUGUGAGAGCGAUCCAGCGUCGGUGACUGGGGGCGUUACUGACUGCGAUAAAAAGUAUUGUGUCAUCGUCAGAGUGGACUAUAAGGAUCCCAGAGGAAAGUUGGCCUCCAUAUUGAGAACUUGUGUAGACACGCCAACUUACCUGAAUGAAGUCAUAGAAGACGAAACUCACAGAGUUUACUACAGGUCCUGUAGGACAGACCUAUGUAAUAGCGGCUCUGGCAGGUCCGACAGUACCAACUCGGAAACUGGAAGUUUUGGCGACAAGUCGACCAUAUACGUACCAGGAAUUGGGGAAAAUGAUGCAGUUACGGUAGCCGUUUCUAUUACGACAAUGUUAUUUGCCUAUGUGUUUGCUUAUCUUGUUCGAUAAGUGUUACACGAGAUUUAGAAAUAGUGAUAUUAGUAUUUUUUAUUAAUUAGAAGGCAUUUAUUUAAUAAAAACAAUAUAAUAACUUUUA